GUACCCUGGAGGCAGACUAGUCAGUCUGGCUCUUGCGUUAUGGGUGGCUGUUGACUUCACUGGUACGCAGUUUAUCCGGUUUGCUGGAGGGUUCCAGCCAUCCCAGCUCUUAGGAGACUCUGAUGAGACCAGUUAUUUAAACGUUCGAUUUGGCAAUGAGUCCAAAAAAAACCCAACCCUCACUGGCCACGCUGAAAAUCGGCAUUUCAUGAGAGCACUGAUCACACUUCUGAGGUCUAAGUGUGACCUAGCCCUGCUGUACCACAAGAAGCUCUGCAAUUUGCUGCAUGUAAAGCUAAGUCUUUUACGUCAUAUGUUUGAUAUGGCUCCAGGUUCAACUUUACUCCUGAAUUCUCUACCUCCUCCUGCCAGCGGCACAGGAGGACAGGGAAUGGGGAUUGUGCUUGCGCAGCUGGUGGGCUCUCUGAGCGAGGAGGCUGCGGGAAGGCGGGAGCACAAGGAUGACCACUACUGUGGUUCCCCAAGCCAGGGCUGUUGCGGUUAUGAACGGAGCCUAAAUGGUUCCCAUAGCAGCAGUACGGGUGCAAGGUUUUGGUCUGACGUGGAGCGCACACAUCUGCCGCUUCCCUGCAGUUCCCAGAAGGAGCUGCCGAGUUCCGCAGGAUCGGGAUAUUCACCCCUUGAAGAUGAUGAAGAUGUGUAUGCACGCAAUAGAUACAAAGAAACACCAUGGUGCUCCCCCAUUAAGGUGAAACAUGGUUAUGCAAACUGCAGGACACCUCAAGGGGAAUAUUACAAGAAUGUACUGGGGACAAGAUGUGAUAUUCGCUGUCAAAAAGGCUACGAACUGCAUGGCCCUCAGCAGUUAAUUUGUCAAUCAAGCAAACGCUGGUCUGGGAAAGUGCUGUGCAAACAAAAGCGCUGCCCCACCCUAUCCAUGCCAACCAACGGAGGCUUCAAGUGUUUAGAUGGUGCCUACUUUGGUUCAAGGUGUGAGUACUACUGUUCGCCGGGAUACCAGCUGAAAGGUGACCGUAUAGUAACGUGCAUGGACAACAAAGUUUGGAGUGGCCGGCCAGCGUCCUGCAUUGACACUGAACCUCCGAGAAUCCAGUGCCCGAGUGUGAAGGAGAAAACGGCGGAGCCCAACAAGUUGACGGCCAGAGUGUUCUGGGACACCCCGGAGGGACGGGACACUGCUGACGGCAUUCUGACAGAUGUUAUUUUGAAAGGCCUGCCACCAGGCUCCCAUUUUCCAGAAGGUGACCACAAAAUCCAAUAUACUGUGUAUGACAGAGCUGAAAACAAAGGCACUUGCAAAUUUCUUGUUAAAGUCAGAGUCAGGCGCUGUGUGAAAUUAAACGCCCCAGAUAAUGGCUACAUCAAGUGUUCAGGUGAUGGAAAUAACUAUGGUGCUACAUGUGAGUUCUCCUGCAUUGGCGGCUACGAGCUGCAAGGAAGCCCAGCUAGAGUAUGCCAGUACAAUUUGGGGUGGUCAGGAGUGGAGCCAACCUGUGCACCCAUGAAUAUUAAUGUGAAUGUGAGGACUGCAGCUGCACUUCUGGAUCAAUUUUAUGAGAAGCGGAGACUGCUAAUUAUUUCAACUCCUACUGCAGCCAACUUUUUCUAUAGGAUGCAGUUGGGAAUGCUGCAGCCGGCACAGUGUGGUUUAGACCUACGACAUGUUACCGUCGUUGAAUUGGUUGGUGUCUUCCCAGCACAAAUAGGAAGAAUAGGUGUAAAGCUGCUGCCCCCGUCACUUGCCCUGCAACUCAGGCUGCUGCUGAGGAUCCCCCAUUACAAUUUCAACAUCGUGGUGAUGGACAAGCACGGAAUGGACAAGGAGCGCUAUCCUUUCCCAGCAACGCCAGCUGAGCUCUUUGCACUUAUUGACAAUUUUCCCUUGAGAAAAGAAGAGAUGAAACUGCAAGCAGAAAUCGGUCAGUCAUGUCCCUAAUUCAGGAUUGCAGGGCUUGCAGUUGUCAGUGAAUUUUUUUUUAAUCCACGUAAUUCUCCCCUUGGUGCUACACAAAGCAUGGCUUUUUUAAUCACUGAUGUACAGAUUUUUUGUGUGUAUUGUUAAGUCUGUCAGGCUGUGUAGCUGCUCUGCAUAGAAGGAUGCAUGAUGCUUUUUUGUACUUGCAGCCAUCUUUAGAUGAAAGUGUAUGUAGGAUUACUACCCAAUGGAAUUUCUUGUACAGAGAGUGAAGAACUGAGGCACGUUUCCGGGAGUUUAUUUUGGAUUUUUCAUUCAGUGUAAAAUUGGGGUUUCUUUCUUACUGUUUAUAAGUCUUUUUAUUAAUAAAAUAUUGUUUUGCAAACAGAUA